CAAGUCCUAGAACAAUUGGAGUGGGUUUGGCGGUCUGAAACAGGGCACUCUGUUGUUGACUGGAAUUGAAUGCAGUAAGAAGGGGGAAGUUCCCCCACCCAACUCAGAGCUGCAGUGAAUGUAUCAGGUUACAGACAGGACAGGUUCCCUGGUCGACCUUUGUGUUUCUCAUUCCUCCGGCAACUCCUGGAGAGCAUGGAUUUAAAAGACGAGCUACUGAAAUCCAUCUGGUACGCUUUCACCGCCCUGGACUUGGAGCAGAGUGGAAAAGUCUCUAAAUCUCAACUCAAGGUGCUGUCCUACAACCUGUACACGGUGUUGAACAUUCCCCACGACCCCAAGAUCCUGGAGGACCACUUCCGCGAUGACAAUGAUGGGCCUGUUUCCAGUCAUGGGUACAUGCCUUAUUUGAACAAGUAUAUACUGGACAAAGUGCAGGAAGGCCAUUUUGUCAAGGAGAACUUCCACGAGCUUUGCUGGACUUUGACGGCCAAGAAGAACUAUAAACCCUCUGGAAGCCAGGGCCUAAUCUCAGAGACAAGCGCCUUCAAACUCUGGUGCCUCUUUAACUUCUUGUCAGAAGACAAGUACCCGCUGGUGAUGGUCUGUGAGGAGGUUGCGUAUUUGCUGAGGAAAGUGUUUGCAGCGACCGGACAGGAAUGGUUGAACGAAGAGGAACUGGCUGAGUACUUCUCCCAGAAUCCUUCACUGUCUGGAGCAGUGACAGUCUGGCAGUUCCUGGAGGUGAUGGAAUCGGGGAGGUUCACCAAACCAGCCAGCAAGGAAUCUCUCACUCUGGGGAUCCAGUCUGUUUACGAGGAGCUGGUGUUGGACGUGAUGCAGAAGGGAUACAUGUGGAAGAAAGGCAAUGUACGACGGAACUGGAAUGAGCGCUGGUUUGUCCUGAAGCCUUCCAAAUUUGACUAUUAUCUCAAUGAGGACCUCAAAGAGAAGAAGGGUGAAAUUCACCUCGAUAUGGACAGCACUGUAGAGAUGCUCCCUGAUAAGGAAGGAAAGCGAUGCUUGUUCUGUGUAAAGACUGUAAACCGUACGUAUGAGCUGAGUGCGUCAGACAUGAAGCGGAGACAGGAGUGGAUGGACAGUAUCAUGGCUGCGAUCUGGAUCCUGGCAGAGAACAAGAGCUCAAUGCACAAGGUGCACAAGGAGAGGCGGAGGGAGCAGCGUCGGCAGGCAGCCGCCAGGUUAUUGGAGAAGAAGGCACAGGAGGAUGCUCUGGCAGAGCUGCAGGCCGAGAGAGAGGCACAGCUGGCACAGCUCGAACAACUCAGGCAGGCCCAGGAAGAAGCUGAACACCUCUGGCGAACCAAGGAACUCCACUGGAUGACACAGCACGAGGAGCUCCAGCAGAAGCUGCAGAUGGAGCUACAAAAGGCCAGGACAGACAAGCUCCAGAUGCAGUUGGUGAUGGAACAGAAGGAGCAGGAGGCUGGUGCCCAGCGCCAUCGGAUUCAGGAACUGGAGAUGAUGCAGCAAGGGUUGGAGCGGGCCCUCAGGGCUGAGAUCGAGGCCCACACCAAUGAGCAGACAGUGCGAUCUGCGCAGGCAAGGCUACUGCAGGAGGAGGAGGAAAAACUGAAGGAAUUGAUGAUGCUGAGACGUGAGCAACAGGAUCUCAGUCGGCAGGAGGAGCGGCAGCAGCAGCAGCAGUUGACCAACAAGGCCCAGGCUUUACAGCAGGCCAUGGAGCAACUGAGAGAGAGCAGGCAGCGGAACAAGCAGGACCUUGCUAUGGCAGAACAGACGAGGAGAAGAGCCAGUCAACAUGUGAAACACUGGAGCGUGCAACUGAAUCGACUGAUGCAACCAAUUGUGCCUGGGGCUGCCCAGAAUCAGCCAAAGAGUGACAUCCAGAGCCACAGAGGAGGAGGAGCGUUCAUUCCCAAAGAAUUUGCUGUCAGGAGGACAGAACAACACAAGAUGGUCCCAAAUCCGGACUGCGAAGAGAGGUCAGGCUCUGAUUCCGAGGAUUACGAAAAUAUGGCAGAGUACAUAAAGAAUGUGUCCCUUAUGGGGGCUAAUGUGAUCCCUUAGGUGCAGCCGGAGUGUGGACUGGCCAGUGUGAGUGAAGAUGUGAGGGACCACGUAUGGAGUCAGUGCUGAAUCCCAAAGUGUGUGUGUGAGAGUGGGUUUAUGUGUAUGGCUCUGGUUUCCGCUCCAGCCUGUUUCAGAUGGUGUGUCCCCCACCCUCGCCUCCUGGGAUCGCAUACAGCUGGGAAUGUUGUUGUGUUCCCUGACAUUGGAGCCAAGGACAAAGUGAGCAGGGUCAGACACACCUGGGAACCAUCGAUGGUGGGAGAGACAAUCCCCAUCAACAUGAAUCCAUCUCCCUUCUCUCCCCGUCUUUCCCCCAUCCCCCUCCCAUACCUCCAUCACCCCUUCCCCCGCCUUUGCCCCUUCUCCCACUUUCACCCCUUUCCCCACCCUUUUUUCCCCAGCUCCACCCCCUCCUCUCCCCUCCCCCACCUCCACCUCAUUGUCACCUCCCCACCUCAUUGUCACCUCCACUACCCCCUCCUACACCCCCUCACUCCUCCUCCCCCACCCUCUGUUUCCCCCCCUUUUACUCACUCCUUCUGCUACCCCUUCCCCGGCCCCUCUCG